GUUCAUUAACUGCAGACAGCCCUUGUGAUUGUUACAUUGCUCUGCUGCUUAACUUAUUUGGUACAGCAAUUUGCCUGAAAAUAUAUGACACUGUACCUUCUUAAUUUCUUGAUUGGUCCGUUGCACUGAGUGAUAACGACCUUCACACACGGCUUUCUCCUAACUGAGGGAGACCAUGUCCAGGUCAAGAAUGAUUUGUGCUUGUCUCCUGCCAUUAGUAUAUCUUCUCCUUGGAGUAGACGGAUAUUGCCAGUACAGAUGGAUGCGAUGCUACUCAAACUCGAUGAGUUUGGCAGACAUGGUGUUUGUAGAGUCGUACUUUUAUAAUAAAUUGGAAUUUUUAGUAUUUAACAGCACCGUUGGUAGGUAUGUCGGCUAUUCAGAUUAUGGCAAGGCUCUAGCACGUGAAAAGAAUGAAGAUGAACACCUUCUGCCUUAUGAGCGGGGCUCUGUGGACAGACUCUGCAAAGGCAAUGCUCUUGUCUACAAAAGCCAUGGAAUGGACAAAAAAAUUGAGCCCAGCGUGAAUCUGAAUUUGGUGAGGCCAGUCAGUAGCAAUCAACUCGCCAUGCUGAUGUGCAGUGCCUACAACUUCUACCCACGAAUGAUCCGUGUGACCUGGUACAGAGACGGCCAGAAGGUGACCAGUGGUGUCUCAGGCACAGAGGAGCUGGCGGAUGGAGACUGGUACUACCAGAUCCACUCCCACCUGGAGUUCACCCCCAAAGCUGGAGAGAAGAUCUCCUGUGUGGUGGAGCACGCCAGCUUCAAGGAGCCCAGGGAGUUUGUCUGGGACUCCUCCAUGCCCAAGGCUGAGAGGAAUAAGAUUGCCAUUGGGGCCGCUGGCCUGCUGCUGGGACUGGUGGUCUGUGCUGCUGGACUGCUCUACUACAGGAAGACAUCAAGAGGGUGGAUAUUGGCUCGUCCUAGAUCAACCCUUACUUAUUGACGGCAUAAUUCAUGUUCCUCCUCAUCCUCCGGUGCUUCCUUCAUUGGCGCCAUCAUUGCCAAUCAAACAUUAUGACUGAAGUGAAAAUCUAAUUCAGUUUCUUCCAUGCAUACCAACUCUGGAGUGGAAGUCUGAGUAAGCCCUGAUCUAACUCUUCCCAAGUGCUAAUGCGUCUUCCUUGUGUAUUUUAUUUCCUGCCGUGUUCAAAUCUGUCACAUUCUUUGUAAACCUUACAUGUAUAUGCCUCAGGUCAAUGUAAUGCUUACAUCCAGUAGAAAACCUGUCAAGAAAUUAACAAUAUUGUCAUGGCAUUAUCAUUUUCUUAAGGCCAACAUUCAGACAGGCGAACAUUUUCUAAAACAUCUUGGUAAAAGCAUGAAUAAGAAAAAAAAAACAUCACUGAACUUGUGUUGUUUGAGUGUUGUGUUCUCUAAAAAGACUGUAUCAGCCCUCAGACAUGCUGCCAGCACUGGUUCUCAUUGUACGUCUCACUAUCCCAAGAUAUCACACAGGAAUCAGUUUCUGACAUCCUCAUAUUUAGGUUGAUUGUGGACUCAGUUGAGAAAAUGUUGCUAAAAUGUGGUAGUUGACCCAUCCGGCACGCUUGGAUGUAUUAAAGCUCUCAUUCAUUGUGUUUCGGGUUCUGUGUUUGGUGUUCUUUCCAAGAGACGGGCUGUGUGUCGGCAUGCAUGUUUGUUGUUUUGUAAGACAAGCAGUCACUCC